UUUCAUCAGCUGCCGCACAGUUCUAGUUCUGUUGCUGAAAGGUGAUUUGUUUGUCAAAUUUAUCCUUGAAAGUAAACAGUUGGUACUCUUUUGUGAAGAUCUUCAAUUUAUCAAGGUCAUACAAACUCUGGUUUUUCAACCAGUGUCGUCAUUUGAUGAGAAAGCCACUGCAGAAUUUUCGCGGACAGAUACCGAAGUUGAACUAGUGAACUUUGUCCUUGCAUGAAAAAAAAACGGAAAAUGAGUCAUCUUUGUUUAUCUCCGCUACCCUGGGUUUAUCAUGAUGAAAUCGCUCGUAACCGCCAGCGUCUGCAAAACCGCCCAUCUUUCAGUUUCACUUGCCUGUGCAAUCGGAUUUCAGGUCUAUAUAACAGGCGUCGGUCUCGGUGUACCGUCAUUCUGCGACAUUUUGUGAGGAUUCGAGACGAAAGACACCGGGAAAAUUUCCGGGACACAGGACAGCGCACACAGUACUGCGCUCUGCAUGCACCUAAUUUUCAGAUAGCGAAAGAAAGAAAUCAACACACUUUGAAGAAUGCCGCGACCACGACGUGGAGGUUACCGGGGACGAGGACGUGGGCGUGGGGGGAGGCAGGGUCGGCAAGGAGCGAACCAACAGAGCACACCAAAGGACGACACCUAUGAACUGACAGCAACUGCCAAGGAUGAAACUGAGACCGAUGUGAUGGCCGAUCUGCCCGCUCUCUUCACAUCAGAGAGCUCCUUUGAGAAGCAUUAUACUGCCCAGGAGAAGGACCGCACCAAGUACAUCGCUACCCUGCUGGUGCUUCAGAGGGCUGGAACAGAGGUCCAACAAAGUUCCAAAGCCCGUGCUCUGGCCACGGCCUGGGCCCGCAAGGACCACGACCUGGCCGACGGCUUGCUGUCCCAGCGCAAGGAGUUUGGCCUGGUGGAGGUGCUGAAGGCCGUCACGCUGCUGGACUCGGGCCGCCGGAUGCGGGAGUGGGAGAAGAAGCUCAAGCGUCUGCAGAUGCAGCCCAAGUACAAGCAGAGCAAGGUGGCCAAGAUGAAGACGCAGAUCCACAACCUGAACGCCAUCAAACCAUCGGUUGGGUCUCUGAGUGGAGCCAUCUCUCGCCACAUCCACGGCUGGGUUCGUACCAUCCCGGGAGACGAUCUGCAGUUCUAUGCUCUUCACCUGCCUAAGGAGCCCUGGAAGAAACUAGCCGAUCUUGUGCAUUUCAACCCCAAAACCGACUUCCAGCUUCCCUGGUUCCUACCCUACUGCUUCGGGGCGCCAGCGCCUGACGACUCCAUCGUCGCCCAGUGCGCAGACCUCACGCAGGAGAAGGCCAACGAGAUCAUGGCGGCCGUCAAUAUCCCUUACGCUCAUCUCAAGUCACUCCACAUCAAGCCGUCCAACGAGUCCAAGGAGCGCAUCGCGAGGGCCGAGAAGGACAUAACCUCAUUGCUGUGGAAUUACGAGGAUCUGACCUGCUCCGAGGUGGACCGUGUCAUCGCCGAGCGACUGAGGGGUGGCGAAGACAUCAACCUCCCUUAUGGCAAGCUGAUGGAACGUCUGCUGAUCAUCAAGGGAAUGCGAGACCAUGAUUCUGUCAAGAAGGAGGAGACGACAGAACUGUACGAGCGACUCAUCUCCAUAGCACAAAAACAACUGGAGAAGACACAAUUGACCAUCGACUCGCCAGUGGCCGUAAUCGGUGACCGGUCGCCGUCCAUGGCUACGGCCAUCAAGACCAGCACCAUCAUCGCCAGUCUGCUGACCGCCAUCGCUAACGCCGAACUGUCCUUCUUCAGCCAUCGAAACUACGUUCCCGACAAACUCCCCAAGACCAUCGAGGAGGUUCUUGAUCUGGCGUCAACAUUGAACACCGAGGGCAGCACCGCACCAGCGGCCAGCCUCCAGCCGUACUACGAGCAGAAGAAGGUCAUGAAGACAAUCAUCAUGGUCACAGAUGAAGAGGAAAACGGCUGUGUUAGUGUGGACGGAACCAGCUACCGCUUCGACAAGCUGUUUCAGAAGUACUCGGAGGAGGUCUACCCGGCCAAGCUGGUCUUCGUCUCCUUCCUGCACAGCCAGAACGCCACGGGCCAGAUGGUCGGGGCCCUGAACAAGCUUGGGUACCACCCCUUGCAGUUCAAGCUGUCCAAUUCACGACCCGAUCUCGUCAAACUGGGAAACCUGCUGGGCCUGCUGUCCAAGGAAACCGCGGGGUUCGCGGACGAUGUGGCCGCCCUGGAGAAGGAGAUCCAGGACGAGGGGCUGAGGAAAGCCUUGGAGACCAUGAAACUUGGAGUGUAGAUAGACGAGGUGGAUAACGCUCAAGCGCCCUCUGUUGUCAAGUAGUGGCAGUCAAAAUCUCUGCAAGCGGCAGUCAAAUGCUAUGUUGCUGAACCUCACCCAUCACCGACAAAAAUUAGGCUUCCUCAAAAGGAUACUAGUUUUUUGUAAAGUGCAAUUGCGAGUCCGAAAUGAUCAUAUAAAAAGCGCCCUCUGUCGGCUAGUGGCUGUCAAAUUGAAUCUCUCUCUGAGGAUACCAGGAAUGAUUGUCUAUAAUGUGCAAUUGUGCAAUUCCUAAAUGGUCACAUAAAGAGCGCCCCCUGUUGGCAAGGGGCGGUCAUAUGCUUUGCAACUGGCAAGUCAAGUUGCUCCGACAUUUAAUUCUGACAUUUACUGCGUAACAUUUUCAUAUUUCGGAGAUGGUGUACAUAUAUUGCAAAAAGACAGUCACUUGAACAAAUGGUUCAAAUUUCAAAAUAAGUAAAAAAAAAAAAGAAGUGAAAACCUUGUUUUCUUUACAGCAGCUAUCUGAUAGAGAGGGCUCUAAACACCUUGAUGCAAUAUGUAUUAGGUCGGUUUUGCAGUGCUCAAAAUACCAGAGAUUUUCUCUAUUGUAAAUAGAGGAUAAGUAUGAAGAGAUUAGUAGUUCAAAAAGAUACUUAAAACUACUGAAACUUGGCUAAAUUCGAUCUUUCCUUUUUUUUCUUUCCUACUAGAUUGUUUAUUGAAGUGUGGAUCAUGUUUUCCAUGUGCAAAUUAACAUCAUUUUUCCCUACUCGAUUCAUAUUGCUACUGAUAAAAUUGCAUUGUAGCGUACAGAGCAGUUUUUUUUCCUGAUGAAAGUUGGAAUCAACAUCAUUCAGUCAUUAACAAGUACAACAUAUCUCAUGCAGCCUAUUUCAAAUCAGGGAUUAUUACAGACGAAAGGAGAAGUUCAUAUCUCUUGUAUUUAAUUUGUGCCAUGACGAGGAUGUACAUGUUUAUUGAGCUUUAAAUUGAUUUUUGUAGUAUCUAUUAUAAGAUAACUCCGUCAGAUUUCAACAUCAUUGCUUAGACAUGAAAUGUCAAAGUUCCGGAUAUCUAUUUCCUUUUUUUUUACCUUAUAUUUUAAUGCAAAUGUGUACAUUUAGAUUUUCCUUUUGUCAAGUAUUUCUUUCAUAACCAAUUCCUUUUUUCAAUUUUAUUUGUGAAAAUCAGUGAAGACAACUCUUUUUCUAGUCAAUUUUGCAAAAUUUUCUGAAAUCAUAUGUUCAGGAGUAUAAAAAAAUAUGUUUAUGGUGCACCUUAAAGUGUUUCUGAGGUGUUUCCAGAAAAGUCAAUUUUUGACCAAAAUU